AUGUCUACAGCCUCUAAAGUCACCCUCCUCAGCACUAUUCUGGGCACCGCCGGCAUCGUCGCUUUUGUGCACUGGGCCCAGACUGCCGAACAAGCUGCCAUGCACGCCGGUGUCGUCAGAGACAUGGAGCAACAACGCAUCAAGCGAGAACGCCAGGCCGACUUUGACUUGCAGAGACAGCUGGAGGAGGAAUAUAAGAAGGUGCAGACCGUGCAUGACAGCACCAGUGGUGCUUGA